AUGACCACAAUUGAAGAUGCAAAAGCCUCGGAGGCUCAGGUUGAGCCUGUCGAGUCUCAAAAGCCAAUGUUGAACAGCAUUGACGAUGACCCAGUCUACUCUUAUCGCGAGCAGCGCAAGAUUAUUCGUCGCAUCGAUACUCGUUUGAUUGUGAUGCUUGGAUUUCUCCACACUGUGUCUCUUAUCGACCGGGGAAAUCUGGGGACGGCAUCGGUGGCUGGAAUGGAAAAGGAGUUGCGGCUCAAGGGAACGCAAUAUAACACGAUUGCGGUGGCCUUCUUCCCUCCUUAUAUUUGUCUGCAAAUAUUUGGCCCCAUUCUAGUUCGCAAGAUUGGUCCGACUCGGUACCUCUCGGGUGUUUGUUUUCUGUGGGGGGCUGUUAUGCUUUCUGCUGGCUUUGUGAAGAAAUGGACUGAGAUGGUCGGGAUUCGCGUGAUCAUUGGUGCUCUCGAGGCUGGCUUUUUCCCUGCUGCCGUGUAUUUGAUAUCCACGUGGUACACCCGAUAUGAUAUCCAGAAGCGGUAUGCUAUUUUUUACCUUCUUGGAUGCGUGGCUUCAGCGUUUACUGGUAUUUUGUCUUAUGGGAUUACAUUUAUGCAUGGUCUUGGAGGCCUCACUGCAUGGCGAUGGAUCUAUAUCAUCCAAGGGCUUCUGACUUGUGUCGUGGCCACCAUUGGCUACUUCGUUUUAAUUGACUUCCCCGAUCGCAUGAAAGAUAACAAGCAAAAUUUCUUGUCCGAAGGUGAAUAUGACUUCAUCAUCAGGCGAAUCACCAAGGAUCGAGCCGACGUGACCAUUGAGCCCUUCAACCUGAAGAAAUAUCUUAGCGCUGGGCUCGAUAUUAAUAUCUGGGCGUUUGGCUUUAUCUAUUAUUCUACGACUACCACUGCUUACGCCAUAUCCUAUUUCUUGCCAAUUAUUUAUCGUCAGGGGAUGGGAUUCUCUAUGGGUGCUUCACUGUGUUUGUUUGCGCCCCCUUAUGCCGCCGCUGGAAUUCUCAUGUUCGCGACUUCCUGGAUUGGAGAUCGAUACCACAUCCGUGGUCCAAUUUUGAUUUUCAACGCAAUACUCACUAUAAUCGGUCUUCCUUUGAUGGGAUUCACAAAAGGCAAUGGGACUCGGUUGUUGGGCGCGUUUUUGACCACAAUGGGAGCAAACUCUAACGUUCCUGCGGCAAUGGCAUACCAGGCAAACAACAUCCGAGGUCAAUGGAAACGAGCCAUUUGCAGCGCUAUCUUCGUGGGGUUGGGUGCUUCGGGUGGCAUGACAGGAUCUUUAGUAUACCGAUCGCAAGACUCGCCAACGUAUCACCCUGGCAUUCUGACCUGUGUUGGGCUAUCAUGCCUGAUAAUAAUUCUGGUGAUUCUGCUGUCGAUUCGCUUUUACUACUUGAACAGGAAGGUGACGCGUGGGGAGAUUGUCAUUGCAAAUCUUCCCGGAUUCCGAUACACCUACUAA